CUUGGACAAUUCCGCGGUGUGUGUCGUCUCCCUCCCCCUCAGCAGCCCUCGGCAGCAGGCCAUCACGCUCGUCAUGCUCGCCUUCGAGCACUGACCCACGUGUGGACGACACAGGCUGACCUGCAGGAGCUUCGACAGAACUUCGCAGAGACAGACAGACAGACACACAGACACACAGACACAGACAGACAGACAGACAGACACACAGAGAGAGAGAUGCAGGUGGGGGAUCAAAUCGUUUGUGCGCAUGGUGACUGACCUUUGUGCGUCCCUCAGUAGUCUUGUUCGUCUCCUCUUUUGUGCGAUGUCUGUGUGUGUGGUAGAGUGAGUGGCGAUGAGAGAGCACUGGUAGACGGUGAGGAUGACCAGCGCGAGCAGACUGCCAGAGUGCAGCACCAACACCUGGCAAUCGCAGUCAUCACGAUCGACAAAAGGUGGAUGGUGUGUGUGUGUGUUGUCUGCCUGUCUGCACCUACGAGCAAAAUAAGUCCAUAUCUGCGCAUGACAGCCGCCAGAAACGACCAGAAAUCUCCCCUCUGUGAGACAUCCAUGCCACACCAUACACACACGAUACAAACACACACACAAGGAGACAUGGCGCGCACUCUGGUGUCUGUCUGUCUGUCUGUCAGUCUAUCAGUCUCUCUCUGUGUCUCACGAAUUCGGGUAGAGGAUUGGCGUCCCGGAGCAUCGAGUUGAGAGCCAACACACACAGGCACAUGUUCAAGGACUGAGCAUACACAGACAUAGACCAACAGAGAACGGCGCAGCGUCUGUCUCUGUCUCUACCCUCGUGCCUCUCUUUGUCUCUUGCCUGUAGAACGCUUUGCAGUGCGAGGAAGACGGUAAAUUGUCUCCUGUUGCCCUUGCCAAUGGCAUUUUUGAUCCACAUGCAGUAGUGGUCAAACCCUUCGACGCACCGGUCCAUCGUCCUGCAUGGACAGACAAAGCAGUGAGUGAGUGAGGGAGACAGCUUGUGUGUCAGUCUGUCUGUCUGUCUGUGUGGAGGAGGGGAAUCUUGGGGGAUUUGGUCACGAGCAGUGUUUGACGCCUUCUGCCUUGACGAUCCAGCAAGUGUAGCAGAGGCGCUCAACGUCCGCACGGAGGCUCGGCUCGUCGGGCUCCUCACACCUGUCAAUGCGAUCCAUCAAAUCCUAUAAACACAAGACACACAGGGACUUCACAGCUGUUGUCGAUCCCUGUUUGUGUAUUUGGCCUCUCACCUCGACGGCCGUCUUGCCCCUGGGUGGGAUGGGGACACAUCCCGGAUCGCCCGAGACCGUCCACAGCCACCAGAGGAAGGUGAAGAGGGCCAAGAUCUCAAACACGUGACACACAGCAGGAGACAUCACAAUCACCACCGGACGAACCUACAGCGCAUGCAGACACAGAUGGAGUCUGACACGUAUGCAUGACGGCAUUGCUCUCACAUCGAUGCAUCUCACAUACUUACUUGCAGAUGCCAGGCAACCAUCAUGAUGGUGUUGCACACCGGGUACACUGCAGCAGCCACCCAGUCACACACACCGGGCCUCCCACGCUCACGACGCACAUGCGCCCGCGAGCCGCCACCCCCAGCCCCACCCCCUGUGACCAGCGGUUGCCGCUCUUCCUCCCAUUGCCUGCGGGCGUAUCUUUUGGCCGAUCGCCGCAGGCGGACCGCCAGCGCACGAUGGCCUGCCUUUCGGGCCAUAUCGAUGGCCGUCUGCACAUCCGGACAUACACGCAUCCAUAUACUGUAUAUGGGCAUUUCUUCACGGCUUACAGCGUCGGAAGAGUUUGUCUCCGUCGGGCUCAGCUCAAUAGCCUCGAUAAGGUACAUCGAUACGGUGUAGUUGCCCGCAUGCGCCGCCACGUGCAGCGGCGUCCCGCCCCGAUGGUCCCUCACAUGAAAGCUGCCGUAGUCAAAGUACUCGAGCACGCGGACGAAGCGUAUCGCGCCUUUGUAUGCCGCCCAGUGGGCCACAGUGCCGCCAUUGGCAUCCGUGAGGGUCAGGUCGGCCCCCCUCUUGAGCAACAGCAAGAAUACUGCCAGAUCGUUGCCAAUCAGAGAGCGGAUGAGCGGCGUGUUGCCCUGUCUGUCUCGGCAGUUGAUGUUGGCCUGGUAGGUGAGCAGUAGCCUCAUCAUCUCGAGGCUGCCCCUGGCCACAGCGCACAUGAGAGGUGUCUCCUUGCUGUCGCUCUCAGCGUUCGCGUCAGCACCUUUUACCUAUAACAGACGCACAUGCACACCCCGGGGGGCAGUGCAAAGAAAUAAUGCACGGCGGCUGGGCCGCUCACCAACAAGAAUCGGGCAAAAGCCACUGCCGCCCUCGACAGCCCGAAUCCACCAGCCGUCCUGUGGAGCAAUGUCUGUCCUUUCUCGUCUUUGGCAUUCAGCAGCUGAGGAGAGUGAGAAACCUUCCUCUCGAGUGCACAAAAGUCUCCGGCCUCCAGCAGAUCAGUCACCGGGGCGGACAUGAUGCUCCUUGCAGAUGCGCUGGUGCUGCUGAUGUCUGUGGUUUCUGUGGGAGGAAUGAUCAUUGGUACGGCCAGCUGGGGAUACCGCUGCCUAUAUGCUCUGUGAGAGGC